CCAUCGCUGGCAUUAUGUAUUCCGCCCUGUGGCGCCGGCGGCUGUCCAAUAAAAAUCGCUGGGCCCCCUUCCCCCGCAGGUAUUCGCGAGAUGCCUUUGUGAAUUGCCCCCCGCCGGUCGGGAGACCCAACGGCACUCCUUUUUCGAAUGCAAAUAAAUCCCAAGAUUUCUGUUUUUUGGAAGGGGCUUCUUCAGUGGAAAAACAUUCCCCGGCUGUGAAGCCAGUGGCCUUAUUUCCCCCAUUUGGCGAAAUCGCCCCUUUCCUUUUUCAAGAUCCUCCCGCGUUUGGGCCGCAUCAGCUGCAGCGUUGUUUUGGCCUGUUUGAAAUUAAGGGUUGGUCUCGUUUAGUUGCUGCCAAUGGAAAGCGGCUGCGUUUUUCGCGGGCUGGCGACUGCUUGAUGGCGGCCCUGGUGUGCUGGUUGGGCGCCGCUAAGCGAUUGCAAAUUUCAGCCGGAACCGUAGAAUAUUGCUUAUUCAAGUUUACCGGUAAAUUGCCAGACGGCCCCUUUUGA